AAACAUUAUCAACAAGAGAUAGUCUGCUCUCUCAGAACUCUUCUUCUUUAUUCUUUCUAAUUUACAUGUACAGGAAAUGAAUGCAUCAACUUUCACACUAACCCAAAUGGUCCCUUCAACAUCUAUUUUUCGUUACCAGAAGUUUCAUUUCUCUGCUAAAAAACCGCAGUCUUCAAACCCCAGCACUCCCAACAAGAAAACUUGUUAUGUCCCAAGAAAAAGAGCAUAUGGAAACAGCCUAAAUUAUCAAAGUUUUAGAUUUAAAGAGAUUAGAGUUAGGAGCUUAGUGAACAAACAAGACAAUGAAGUUGAAGAACCUGAGCUGAAGCAGACGCAGAAGCAGCCAGUGGUGAAGAGAGCUUACCCUUUCCAUGAAAUAGAGCCCAAAUGGCAGCGUUAUUGGGAUGAUAAUUACACUUUUCGAACCCCAGAUGAAAUUGACACCUCGAAGCCUAAGUUCUAUGUGCUUGACAUGUUCCCUUAUCCCAGUGGAUCUGGGUUACAUGUUGGUCAUCCACUGGGGUAUACUGCCACAGAUAUUCUUGCCAGGUUCAGACGUAUGCAGGGUUACAAUGUUUUGCACCCAAUGGGAUGGGAUGCAUUUGGUUUACCUGCAGAGCAAUAUGCAAUUGAGACAGGAACACAUCCGAAAAUCACAACAUUGAGGAAUAUUAACCGCUUCAGAUCCCAGAUUCUGUUACCUUUUUUUUUCUCACAUGUUUAGAGCAACUGGAGCAUCAGCAUGAGAAACACCAAAGCAACACAUGCAUAUACUUGGCAUGUUGUUAUGUUGAUCAAAAGCACACAGCUUAAAUCGUUGGGAUUCUCGUAUGACUGGGAUCGUGAAAUUUCCACUAUUGAACCAGAAUACUAUAAGUGGACACAGUGGAUCUUUCUUCAGCUAUUGAAGAGAGGAUUGGCGUAUCAGGCUGAGGUUCCAGUCAAUUGGUGCCCUGCGCUUGGCACUGUUCUGGCCAAUGAGGAGGUUGUAGAUGGGGUGAGUGAACGCGGUGGUCAUCCAGUUAUAAGAAAGCCAAUGAGGCAAUGGAUGCUCAAGAUAACUGCAUAUGCUGAUCACCUUCUUGAAGACUUAGAUGACCUUGACUGGCCUGAAAGUGUAAAAGACAUGCAAAGGAAUUGGAUAGGGAGGUCAGAAGGGGCUGAGAUAGAAUUUCUUGUACUUGGUGAUGAUGGAAAGGAAAGAGGCGAAAAAAUUAUUGUUUAUACUACGAGACCUGACACCAUCUUUGGUGCAACAUAUUUAGUUGUGGCACCAGAGCACUCUUUACUUUCAUCAUUAGUUUCUCUCGCCCAGAGUAGAAGUGUGGAGGAAUACAGAGAUAUUGCCUCUCGAAAGAGUGAACUUGAGAGGACUGAGCUUCAGAAGGAAAAAACUGGGGUGUUUAGUGGCUGCUAUGCAAGAAAUCCAGCUAAUGGGAAAGCAAUCCCAAUAUGGAUUGCAGAUUAUGUUUUGGGCAGUUAUGGGACUGGAGCAAUUAUGGCUGUGCCUGCACACGACACUCGUGAUUAUGAAUUUGCCACUAGAUAUGACAUUCCUAUAUGUUGGGUUGUGAAGCCAGAUGGUGAAGAUUGUGGUGAUUCAGGAAUAGCUUAUGCAGGUGCAGGCAUUAUCUUAAAUUCAUCGAAUUCAAGUGUGGGGCUUGACAUCAAUGGCUUGCCUAGCAAAGUAGCGGCAUCCAAAGUCAUUGAAUGGGCUGAAAAAACUGGAAAUGGGAAGAAAAAGGUGAAUUACAAGUUAAGGGACUGGCUUUUUGCUCGGCAGCGUUACUGGGGGGAACCUAUCCCAGUUGUUUUCUUGGAGGAUAAUGGUGAGAGUAUUCCACUUUCUGAAAGGGAUUUGCCCCUUAAAUUACCCGAAUUGGAUGAUUUCACUCCCACAGGGACGGGAGAACCACCACUGUCAAAAGCUAUUUCUUGGGUGAAAACCACUGAUCCUUCAUCUGGAAAACCUGCCAGAAGAGAAACAAGCACCAUGCCACAGUGGGCUGGUUCUUGCUGGUAUUAUUUGAGAUAUAUGGACCCAAAGAACUCCGAGCAAUUAGUUGAUAAGACAAAAGAAAUGUAUUGGAGUCCAGUUGAUGUCUAUAUUGGUGGUGCAGAGCACGCUGUUCUCCACUUACUUUAUUCAAGAUUCUGGCACAAGGUGCUUUAUGAUAUUGGUGUUGUCUCAACUAAAGAGCCCUUCAAGUGUGUUAUAAACCAAGGAAUCAUCCUUGGAGAAGUUCAAUAUAUGGCCUACAAGGACCCAGAUGGGAACUAUGUGUCUGCAGAUUCUGCUGAUAUAUUGGGUGAACUUUAUCAGGAAAUAAUUCCUGAGGAAAAGGUGAUAAAAUCUGGGGAUUCAUUUGUGCUGAAAGAUGACCGUGAUAUUCGUUUGAUUGCCCGUGCUCAUAAGAUGAGUAAAAGUAGGGGCAAUGUUGUCAAUCCUGAUGAUGUUGUUUCAGAAUAUGGUGCAGACUCUCUUAGAUUAUAUGAAAUGUUUAUGGGACCAUUUAGAGACUCAAAAACAUGGAGUACUAGCGGCAUUGAAGGUGUAUACCGAUUUUUGGGAAGAACUUGGAGGCUGAUUGUUGGUUCACCUUUAGCUAAUGGUGCUUUCAAAGAUGGAACCGUGGCGAGUGAUGAUGAACCAACUUAUGAACAGCUACGUUCUCUACAUAAAUGCAUAGCAAAGGUAACAGAAGAAAUUGAAGGGACACGAUUCAACACAGGAAUUUCAGCAAUGAUGGAGUUCAUUAAUUCAGCAUAUAAGUGGAAUAAACUUCCAAGGUCAAUUGUUGAAGAAUUUGUCUUACUGCUCUCUCCUUAUGCACCUCACAUAGCUGAGGAGCUUUGGUUUCGGUUAGGGCACUCAAAUUCAUUGGCAUAUGAACCAUUUCCUGAGGCCAAUCCUGCUUACCUGAAGGAUACUUUUGUCAUCUUGCCAGUUCAGAUCAAUGGCAAAACACGAGGCACUAUACAGGUUGAAGAAGGAUGCUCAGAGGAGGAUGCUUUCAGAUUAGCUUCCGAGGAUGAGAAGCUCUCCAGGUAUCUGGAUGGAAAAUCUAUCAGGAAAAGAAUCUUCAUUCCAGGAAAGAUUCUAAAUGUUAUUUUGGGCCCUCAAAAUGUCAAGGCAGGUGUCCGAUAGUGCAUUUGACCUCUGUUAAGUCCACAAUUCACUUUAAAUUGGCAUCUGCGCUGCAAAUAAAAUUUAAAUCUCGAGGAGAGGCAAAUGUACUUAAUGGUUCUAAGCUUGAAACUGAAUUGGAUGUCUACAUGCUCCAGGUUAGAUCAUCGAUUGCAUAUAGGGAACUGUCGGUUCCAUUCAGGAUACAAGGGUGAUAGCAGAAAGUUUCUUGCUGCUACUAGUCAUGCCUUGAGGGACAUGCAAGAAAAUUUGUGGAUUGAGUUAUUUUGCAAACGCAUCGAUGUAUUUAUGGUUGAACCAUCAGAGUGUACCUACUUGCUUAUUAUCUGUAAUAUUCGAGCUCGGACACAGAUUUAUGAUGUUCUGUUUGAGCAGGGAGGCUCUUCGCUCAGCUGUUUUGUGCAGUUGGUUGCUGAUUUGUAUUUAACGGUUAGGUGAUUAAUUUGAUAAGGAUUUUUUAUCAAUAGCUAUUAAUUGUCGAUUCUUUUGAUCAUA